CGAUGAAGUUAAACGCCAGUCGUUUCACAUCACACUUGGCAUACACACCGCAUUAUGUUCCCAAAUCUCACGGUUCUACAGAUUGCUCUUAUAGCCCUCACUACGAUAUCUUGUGAAGUGACUAGAGACAAGAGGGGACGCCGGAAGAAUGACGAACCUGAUAAAUCGUUGUGGAAGAAAGAGUACGAAGAGGAAUUGACGGAUGCUAUCCUAUCUGGCAGAAAGCAGGAGAACUACACCCGGGCGGCACAAGGAGGCCCCUCCACCGAGAACGAUGCUGUCAUAGAAAAGUUGAUGGAGAGCAUUACUUCCAGUGAAAAAUAUCUAAAGAAAGUAGACAGCAUAGAAUUCAGAUUGAACAGGCUGGACAUCGAAGUGCACGAGAAAACUAAUGCCAUUAUCAAACUAUUGAACGAAAUUACAAAAACACUUCGUAGUGACACAUGUUCUCAAAAAAUGGAAUCCGCAUUGACUACCAUGAAAAACGACGUGAGCUCUAUAAAAUUCUACGUAGAGAAGAAUCCAAUGCAACGCAGCAAUGCACCUACAGAAGGAAGAGAGUACCGCCUCGAUUCAAACCUGGAUUCGCGACUCACGUUCCUGGAGACUCACUUGAAGACUGUGCAGGCUGGAGUGGAGUCCAUAGUAUCCAUCAUAUCGGAAGUCAAAAACCGACAGUAUGUUAGGACCUCCCCCGUCAAUUAA